AUGAUUUUAUGUAUUGCGUUUUUUUUGAUUUUUUUGAAUUAUGUAAAAUGUGAUAUACCUGUUCACUGUUUAAGUAGACAUGUAGAGGGAAAAUGGGAAAUUAACUUGGGUUUAUUAAAAAGAAAGAAUUUGAAAAAAGAACAGUCACAAUAUGAAAAAGGAGGAAAUAAGUUGAAUAAUGAUGAGAAUGAACAGAUCUAUGAUUAUAAAUGCGGGUAUAGAAGACCCGACCAUCCCGAUUACCAUGAGUCACUGGACCCUGAGAAUGUAAAAGAACGAUUCGAGGAGAUAAAAAGGGAAAUCGUUGUUUUCAACAAAGAUCGGACGAUAAAUAUACUUGAAAAUGACCAAGUUAAUCCUUUAUAUAGAGGUUACUGGAGGAUAAUAUAUGAUGAAGGUUUAUAUAUGGAAGUGUAUAAAGAAAAGGGAGAAAAAGAAAUUUAUUUUUCUUUUUUUAAAUUUAAAAAGAAAGAUGAUUUAUCUUACAGUUAUUGCAAUAACUUGAUUAUGGGUAUGGUAAAUGUGUACCUCUUGAAGGAUAAAAAUAGGAAAGAAGGAAAUAUUGCUAAUAACACUAUUACUUAUAAUAGUGCUAAUAAUUCUAGUAGUUAUAAUAAUGGUAAUUACCCUAACAUCAUUAAUGAUGAUGGUAAUAGUGAAGACCACUAUUUUUCUGAUAAUCACAAUAACAACCUAGAUACAAGUACAGGGGAAGAGUUUCCCUCAUCCCGGAUGAGUAAUGGUACAGAACAAAAUAAACAUGAAAACGUUAGAAAGCGCGAUGAAACAAGAGGAAGAAGUUUCUUAGAAAAAAAAAAAAAAAAAAAUCAGAGUGUAAUAGAUCGAAAUAAUUUAUAUGAAUUAAACAGAAAAAAAAAUAAUUUUUUACCGUCAAAAUACAAGUUAUUCGAUAAAGAUAAUAAGCAGGACUUUGGUAAUAGUGCUCCUCUAUCAAAUGGAAAAGAUAUAGUAGGAGAAAAGGGGGAAGGAGAAUUUGAAGAAUCAGUUGAUUACUAUAAUGACAAUUUCAUCGAUUUUAACCUUUUAACAAUGAAGAGAUAUUGUUGGUAUGGAAAAAAAUUAAAUGCCACCUCUGACAUGCCCACAAACAAAAUACCUGUCCACAUGGUAUCUCCACUAGUAAUUGAUGCAGCUGAACACAACCAGAAUUAUGAAAGUAUGAAAUUACAAGAGACGGAAAGUGAAAACGAAAAGGGGAAUAAUAUAGAAAAUGAAGAUGUACAUAAAAGGAAAUAUAAAGAGUCAGACAAAGAAGAUUAUAAGAGAGAAGACGAGAAGGGGGGAUGGGAAAGACAUGAACAGGCAUUCAUAAAGCCUCACACACAAUACAAAAAUGAUAUUCAUUCUAAUAUAGAUACUUCAACAAAGAGUACAAAUAAAAAACACAAGGAUGAUAGCUUAUUCAAUAUGUAUUAUAAUAAAGACAUUACCUUAACAAAUUUCGAUUGGACAAACGAAGAAGAUGUAAAAAAUAGAUUAGAAGGUACUUACAUUAAAAUUGUUGACGAUGCAAUAGAUCAAAAAGAUUGUGGUUCAUGCUAUGCCAAUUCAACUGCUUUAAUUAUUAAUAGUAGAAUAAGGAUCAAAUAUCACUAUAUAAAAAACAUCGAUCAUCUGUCCUUCAGUAAUCAGCAAUUAGUAGAAUGUGAUUUUUUCAAUCAAGGAUGUAAUGGUGGUUACAUAUACCUGUCUUUAAAAUAUGCAUAUGAAAAUUUUUUAUUUACAAAUAAAUGUUUUAAAAAAUACAUACAUUUACGCAUGAUUGAGGACGAAAAUAAUAAUGCACUCUGCGAUCGAUUUGAUACCUUUAAAAACUUUUUGCACCAAAAAGAAGCAACCUCUAUUGGAAAUGGGGACAAAAGAGCUACUAGCAAAAGUAUAAAAGAGGGAACAUUUUUACCAACGGACCUUAAAAUAGAGGGACGGAUAAACAACAAUAUUAAACUGCAUCGUAAUAGAGGCAGGCAUAAUGCCAUUCGUGGCAAUAGUGGUAACGACGACAGUGGAGACGAGGAACUAAGUCAGAACUACGUGCUAACCGAUCACAUAUCUUACGAAAAGAAUAUAUUGGACGCAUCUCAAUUGAACAGUUGUGAUGCAAAGGUUAAAGUAACAAAAUUUGAGUAUUUAGAUAUAAAAGAUGAAGAGGACUUGAAAAAAUAUCUGUAUCACAAUGGGCCUGUAGCAGCAGCAAUUGAGCCACCAAAUAAUUUUUCAGCGUACAAAAAAGGGAUUUUAGAGGGUAAAUUUAUAAAAAUGUCUGAUGGGGAAAAAUCUAAUGCGUAUAUAUGGAAUAAAGUUGAUCAUGCUGUUGUUGUAGUAGGUUGGGGGGAAGAUAAUGUAGAGAAUUUGUUAAAAAAAAAAAAAAAAUCCAAAAAAAAGAAUUCCUACGAUGAUCAUAUUUACAACCAUUUGGAGGAAAAUAAGAAAAAUAAUAAUAAAGUCGUGAAAUACUGGAAAAUUUUGAACAGUUGGGGAACAGAAUGGGGAAAUGAAGGUUACUUCUACAUAUUACGGGGUGAAAAUUAUUUACGAAUAAAGUCGUACCUUUUAGCAUGUGACGUUAAUUUGUUUAUUAGACAAAGGUGA